GGGCUGGCACUACUUGUUUUAGGACAAAAAAUGGCCUCUCCAUGUGGCAGUCAGGCUCAAAAGCAGUUGGAGUGUCCCUUGUGCAAGGAAGUGUUGAACGACCCUGUGACCACGCCUUGUGGACACAACUUCUGCCAGGCCUGCCUCCAACACCUGUGGGGCAAGAGCGAGGCUUGCCGAUGCCCCGCCUGCGACAAGGCCUUCGCCAGCCGGCCUGAAAUCAGCGUCAACUCUGCCUUCAAGGAGCUGGCCGACACCUUCAAAAGGAUGAGCCUCGGUCCGCCGUCCUCGCCCUCGCCUCUGGACGGCGAGGUGGCGUGCGACGUGUGCGCCGCAGCCUCCCUGCGGGUAAGCGCCCUCAAGUCCUGCCUUGUGUGUCUCACCUCCUACUGCGACGCCCACCUGGAGGCGCACCGCAGCGUGGCCACUUUGAUGGCGCACAGGCUGAUAGCGCCGGCCGCCAACCUGCGGGAGCGUCUGUGCGGAAGACACGAGAAGCUCCUGGAGAUGUUCUGUCGGGACGAACAGCAGUGCGUGUGCCGCUUCUGCACCGAGAGUCAGCACAACGGUCACAGCGUCGUUUCAGUUGCCGAAGAGAGCGAAGACAGAAAGGUCCAAAUGAAGAUGACGCAAGUCGACUUUGAUCAAAAAAUCCAGGAGCGACAGAACAAAUUGGAGGAAUUCCAAAAUGCUCUUAAGCUAAGCACGAUAAGUGCUACACAGGAGAGGACAAAGAACGAGCAACUCUUCGACCGUCUGAUCGCUUUGGUCGAGGAAAGUCGAGCAUCGGUUGACGGCGAGAUCGAACGGAGUCGGAGGGCGGCAGAGCUCAGGGCGGAGGGGCUAACUGAUGAACUGAGGCGAGAGAUUGCCGAGCUUCAAUCGAGGAAUACGGAAUUGUCUGAGCUGUUAGACACGGACGAUCCUCUUCACCUCCUCCAGAGGUUCCCCUCGCUGACUUCGCCUCCCCCCACUAGAGAGUGGUCAGAAAUCAGAAUACACACAGAGCACUGCGCCGGGACACCAAGGAAGGCGCUGUCCCAGCUGGUCGCUGCCCUGACGAGUGAGUUGGAGCGCCUGAAGACGGACGAGAUUAAGCGCGUGCAGAGUUACGCAGUGGACGUGGAGCUGGAUCCGGAAACCGCCCAUCCUAACAUUAGUCUGUCGGAUGACGGGAAGACGGUGGGCCGCGCCGAGCAGCUGCGUGUCGUACCGGACAACCCUCGGCGCUUCGACCCGGUCAUCUGCGUUUUGGCUAAGAGGGGCUUCUUAUCCGGGAGGUUCUAUUUCCAGGUGGAAGUCGGAAGCAAAACCUUCUGGGACGUGGGUGUGGUCAACGAGUCGGCAAACAGGAAGGGUCAGAUCACCUCCAAACCCGAGAACGGCUUCUGGACGAUGCGUCUGAGGGGCGGCGACGAGUACCGCGCUCUGGACUCGCCGUCGGUCCUUCUCAGCUUCGACACGAAACCGCAAACGGUCGGCGUGUUCGCCGACUACGAGGAGGGAACCGUGUCUUUCUUUGACGUGGAUGCCAGAUCUCACAUUUACACCUUCGCGGGAUGCAUGUUCUCAGAGAGGGUUUUCCCAUUUUUUAGCCCCGGAGUUUGCGACGAGGGGAGAAACACCGAGCCUCUGAUUAUCUCGACAUUAAACAAGCUAACGCCAGCAACUCGUACUAGCGACGCCUCGAGUAAAAAUGAUCGUAAAAACGAUGUGAAUUUUUUUUAA